GAAAGCUUUGGGCAGAAGACACAGCUUUCAUACUCUUUCCAGUCAUGAAGGUGGUGCUGCUAGCAAUGCUGUUGGUGUUUGCUGCAUGUGCAGAUUCGGCUCAGGCACAGAAAGCUCUCCGACUCUGUGGCCGUGAGUUUUUUCGGGCCGUCGUCUACACGUGUGGGGGCUCCAGAUGGAGACGGGUCCAAACUGAAGACCCCGUAAAUGGUUAUGAAAUCAAGGCUGAUGUGGAGUCACUAACCUCUGCAGAAAUGGAUCGAGAAAGAAGAGAGGUGUACGAAACGCUGCCUUCCACCUGCUGUAAAGUGGGCUGUAGAAAAAGUGAUCUAGUUCGCAUGUGCUGAAAUAAUAAUAAUAAGUUGCAGUUAAAUUAUUAUUUUUUUGGAGCACUUGAGUUAUAUAGAAAGAUGAUGUAGAUUUCAAAUGUAACAUCUAAGAAAUGUUCAAAUGUCGUUUCAACGAAAUUACUCAAAUGCUAAAAUAAAUCAUUUAUUCUUUAAUUGUGCAAACAUUUAAAGUUGAUCAGUCAGGAGGAACAUAUUUCUCUUCAUUUUAAAUAAAUAGUUUAUCAUAAAAAUAACAACAAUAAAAAACACACACACACUCCCAUAGCUGUUCACACCGAAACAGAACGAAAUGUGUGUGUAUAUUCAUAUUUUUCAUAUUCUAUGAAACAUGCUCAAAAUAUUUUAAUACCAUUUUCUGUGUAUUUGAUUAAUUAAUGUUACAUUUUAGAUGAUAUUGUACAAUCUAUAGAUUAGCACUCAUUAUUGUAUUUACAUAUCCAAUAUCAGGAGAUACCAGCUGGAAGAACUGAGAAUAAAAGCAUUUUGAAUAAAAUCAA